GGCGUCAUCCUUGGUGCCCUGCUUCCCUGCUUCCUCCUGGUUUUGCCUUGGUCCUCAGCGUUGGAGAUAGCGAAGCACUGGAGGCCCAGCAGCUGCCCAGUUGCGGAGGCCAGCAGCGGUCAUGCCCACCGUCGUCGUCCCGCGUGCCUCCCUCCUUCCGCUCGGUCACCCUGGCCCUCUCCGCCGCAAGCCAAGCUCCUCCCGCAGCGACUUCACCGGCUUCCGCGAGCGCCAGAUGAACACGUACGCUCGGAUGCGUGCCGCCGCCACUCUCGAGUUCGACCCGAGCAGCCACGCGCUCCUCCUCGAGCAGCUCUCGAGGUACGUGCCGUCCCGCUACUCCUUCGGGGCCGCCGGUAGCAGCUUGGGCGGCGGCGUGGGUCCCGGCAGCGGCGCCGGAGGAGAGGCCGCCAAGGCCUGGCGGUCGCCGCUGUGGACGCGGCUCGGCUUCCAAGGCGACGACCCGACCACCGACUUUCGUGGCGCCGGCGUGAUGGGCCUGUCGCACCUCGUCGCGCUCCUCUCGUCCGGCAAGUGGCCUCCCGUCACCGAGAGCGCCUGGGAGGAGGUGGCGCUCGCCGGCUUCCCUCUGGCGGUCGCCUCCAUCAACGUGACCGGCUUCCUGCAGUCGUACUUUGGCGUCAACCCGCGCGUCGCCUCGCCCGUGCACCAGCGCCACCGCUGCACCGAGCGCGCCCUCUUCGAGGUCCUCUCGCGAGGCGGCUUUGGCCCGCUCCAGUCGCUCCACGCCGACCUCGUCUGGCGGUCUCGUCGCUCGUCGACACCCUCGUUGAGCUCGUCGCGCCAGAGUGUGACUUCUGCUGGCCGGCGGUGGAGACCAGAGGCCGAGCCGCUCCGGGUGCGAGAACCAGCCCUCGGCGAUGAGACAUUUAGAGUUUUGUGAUGAGUGAAAUCGUGUUUUGUGACGCGCGGCGCGCGGCGCGCGCGUGUGAGCCUGCCCGUGUCUGCAGUCUGGCGCCGCCGCCGGCGGCGCGCACAACGUUGCACACCGCGCAUAGGACCGCUGUGUCUAUCCAGUUGAUACAUACUCAAGCAUCUGUUCUCGUCUC